CCUACCACUAGACUCUAGUAGAGAUGAAAGAUAUCUUUAGAACAACUCACCUUCACAUCGAGAGAAUAUAGAAAUGACACACGGAGGGCCAGGGCCGUCUUGCAGUCUCUCGUGAGCACUCCGUCUCCGUUCACAGUGCAGCCAUUUUCGUUCCUGCACCGGCAUCAGGACCUCCUCCACUACCCAAAGCAAGAUGCCAGAACAACUCGUCCCAGAGGACGUAAUGGUGCCUUCAUCCGGGAUGCACCAAGAUGGGGACCCUACAGUUGGUGCACCAGACGGCACCGGCAGCCGCUUUGAUGAAAUGUCCGAAAGGAUCCGACAUCUGGAAUCCGAAAAGACCAUGUACAUGCAAAUGGCACACGCGAUCAAGGGCAAUAUUCGUGUUUUUUGCCGAUUGAGACCGGUACCGGUCAGCGGAGCAGCUGGAGGUGGGAGUAAUCUUAUGCGAAAUUACAACGAAAAUAUAAAUAAUGAUCUCGUCCUACGAAAACUUCUAUUCCUAUCGCCCUGACGGUUCUUCACUCGAACUCACUGUAAAUGAAGAAGAUAAUGAUGAACAAAGGAAUUAUAGGAAUUUACUACAGCAUGGACCUUCAUGAUCUUGUUCCUCUUCCUCCUCUUAGAAGUAGAACUGAGUCAAAAAGUCGACCACCACACACUUCUAAAACAGCUUCCUCUUCCGCGUCAACCAUUGCUGCAAGUAGGCUGAAAGUUAUUUCGGAGACGCAGCUAGAGGUAAACCUCAACGCCGAAUAUGGCAUGCGUGGGGAGCCGAGACUUAUGGCCGUAAUCUUUGGAUGACCUAGUUUACAACAGUGUUCGUGGUCUUGGACUCUGUACUACUUAGAAAUUUGACUUCCGCAACAGAUACAAGACAGUUUUCUAUCUCUUAGGGAGAGUAUUUAAUACUUCAUCUAAUCCGAAGUAUUUAAUAUUUCAUACUAAUUAAGCUUCUUGAAUUCUAAGGCCAACGAGAUUGUUGUUAGUUAGAAGGAGGCUGGAGAUACUACAAGUGGUUUGCCUCAGAUCAUUCUCUAAUCUCAGAAAAACCCUUCUCCCUGCUGAAGCCUCAAACGGCGCGACGACAUCAACCGCGUUACUCAAUAGGAACAUGAGCGCGACGGGGGAGCUCAUCGGGGAUGGCGGUUUUCAAGGCAAUAAUGUGCUGUCGCACCAACAAAGUGCUGCAAUGCUCAUUACGGAACGAUAAUAUCAACAGUCACAAGUACUUAAGUAGAAGGAAGUUCUUUCCGUUUUCAGUAAAAGGAAUUUCAAGAAUGAAUCUCGUAGUCUCUUCUCCAACUCUAAUCGGCACAACGAACCCAAACUUUUCUUUUUCGAUCGACUCUUCGCGGAAGGCGACAGCGACGAAAACGUUUUCGGGGUCGUCAAUGAGGAGAUUCGAGCCGCGCUUGAGGGGCACUUCGUGAGUCUCAUAGCCUACGGUGCAACUGGCAGUGGAAAGACGCAUACUAUUUUACGGAAGAUGAUAGUUUUUGUAUUGUAGUUGUUGUUCUUUGACCUUACUCAGGUCACCCAUCAUGAUCCUCGGAGUCGAGCAGGUGCCGGCGGAGCUCGAUGUGCAGGAUCCAUAACCUAACCUAACCUACAGCUGUGGAGUGAUUUCGCUUUUUGUACUAGCAUUUAUUAUACUGAACAAAAGAAGAAGAACAUACACAUACCAGAAAGUCUGAGAAUCUAGUCAGUAGACGGCCACCAGUAAAAUAACACUGGCACCUCUCUUUCUAAUCCCUUCCAACCUCGGGAGGCGGAUGGGUUCUCAAUUACAGCAGUACUGCAACCAAACUGCGAAAUGCGGUGAUCUGAUGGACCUCCAGAUUCAAAUUUUGGAGAUCUAUAACGAACAAAUUCGAGACUUGUUGUUGGAACAAGAAUCUGGUGGGAGUGUUAUGAUAGAGGAGUCCUAGUAUGGAAGAGGAAUUGAUAACCUCUAUGAUCCAGCACCGCCGCUCGUUAGACGGCCGCAGACGGUUGAAUUGAUAACCUGGAGGUCUUUCUUCAAGCCUCACAUUGAAACUCAAGGCUGCUGUCUUCAGGCCGGGGCCUUUAAUUAUAUGGCCUUUUCUAAUCUGAGAAGCAGCAGUUACAACCAUUUAGCGACCCCGCCGCCCGCGAUUCGAAUCGUGAACAAACAGGACACAACUUCCUCAAGCAUUGGGGCCUCAUCCUCCUCUUCGGCAGUUCCUGUUAAGGCUCAAAAUGAUUCAUCUCACUCUUUUGAUUCACUUUUCUGAGGCCGCUAUGAGAAGAUGCACUGAGGUUCUACUUUCGUUCUUUGAUCCAAUUUUCUGAGACUUCUAUCAAAUGAACCUUACGCUUACCUUAUAGAAGACGAAUCAGCUUGAUGACUUGAUGAGCGCUAACUUCUCAAGCGCCGUCUAUGCCACACCUGUAACUACUUUGAGACUGGACCCAAAUUCCUGUGCUGAGGGAUUGGAACAGGCAAUGCGAGUGGGAACGCGAAAUCGCGUGACCCAUGUAACCAAUGUGCACGACCGCAGUUCACGCAGUCAUUUGAUCAUCACGCUGUUCUUGAGGCGGACCUCCGGAGUGACGGGUGAGUUGCUGCAAGCGGGGAAGCUGAACUUGGUGGACUUGGCGGGGAGUGAGAGGGUAAUCCAUUUUUUGGAGGAUGUCCGAGGCCAAAAGCUAGUAGGUGGAGGAAGGUGUUGAGGUAAGUAGAUUAUAGAAAAAGCAGUGAACUAGUAAAGAUCACUGAAUCUGAAUCCCUCCAGUCCCUAUAUUAAUUAAUAAUCUCAUCUUGACACACUACUUGACACACUUCUACGUCAUGCACCAGGUAAAGAAAUCCGAAGCUACUGGGGAACGAUUGAAGGAGGCGCAGCAUAUCAACAAGUCUUUGUCCGCACUAGGCGAUGUUAUCUGGGCCUUCGAGAGAAAGCUGAACCAUAUACCCUAUCGGAACAGUAAGCUGACGCAUCUGCUACAAGAUUCUCUAGGCGGUCCGACGACACGCACAGUGAUGAUCAUCACUUGCAACCCGCACAUCAACAGCACCCAGGAAACUUUGCAUACACUGCAGUUUGGAUCCAGGGUGAAUUCAGUUGCGAUGAAUAAGUUAAGGCAACAAUAAGGGAAGAACAUGUGAUGUUGGUGAUAUGAUGCUUGAGCGUGGGUUUGGAUUUUUUGAGUUCGUGGCAACUGCAUAGAAGUUAUAAUGCAGCUUGUGCAAGAGCAAGUUCUUUUGAGAAGUAAAAAGUGCAGCGAAUGUGCACUGAUCCCGUUUCUAUGAAACAAGUACAAGGACUAGUACUUAGCCUGCAAACUUACCUUAUCAUGUUUCAACCAUAAGAAGAAGUUACGGCGUCACAAGUGCAGAAGUGACGUGUUGUGGACUGUGUCCGAACCAUAAAUGAAUCUAAACCUUCUACUAUGUAUGUUGCUGCACUUCUAACCUCUGGCAGCAUGGUGAACUGCGUGGAGCAGAACCGUCUCCAGGCUCUCGUCGAUCAAGAACAGGGCAAAGUUGAGAAGGAAGUGGAACGCAACGCACUGUUGGAACGCGAGAUUGUGAAUAGAGACGACAAGUUGAAGUCUCUUCGCGUUGAGCUACAGGAUAUGAGGACUAGGAUAGGCCAAGUAGGCACGCUGGAGCGCAAGCUUCUCGCGUCAGAACAAGAACGAGCUCGACAAGCAAAAGAGAUAGAACGCCUUAGAGGGGCUCUGCUUCAGAACGGAGGAGCUACGAGCGGAGGAAGCAAGACUACUGCUCCUGUUCAUUCUCAUAGUUGUACUAACGACAACACGGGAGAAGGGUACUAUAAGAUGAAUGUGAACCAGCUAGAACAAGAGGAAAAUCAGCUGAGUAGAACUGACACCAGUCAUAGUAGUAGCACUGCUAGUGCAGCUAACAUGAACAAGAACAUUAGUGGAGCUGGAGGCUCAUCAGCCUCAGGAGGAGCACCUGGAAGUGCACCUACGUCCGCCACAUCCGCAACCAGAUUCACUCCUCAUAGUCGAGUUCCUGCUGUCACACAGCAACACACGUCGUUGUCCCCAGGUCGUGCCACUUCUUCUAAGAAUUGUUCGUUUACAGCAGUAGGAGGUGGUGGCGCUUCAACGACUAACAUAACCUCAAGCACAGCCUCCAGUCGGAGAGCUACCAGUAUGAACUACUCACCAAGAGGUUACCAAUCGCAACUCUCGAGCCACUUAGUGAGCUCAUCGACAAACACAAGUUCAUCGUCCUCGUCGUCUAGUGGCACUACAGGUGGAGGAAAUGCGAGCGGCAAUGUUCUUGCAGCUAAUGGUACAGAAGUCGAAGAUCAUGCUCACCAGCCACAUGUUGCUCAUCAAAGAACAUCUUCUACUUCUACCUCCUACCAUCCUAGUGGCGCAGCGACUUUUCGAGGUGGUAGUCGGUCUCCAGUUUGCUUGACGCAGCGCAAACCAAUAGCCUCAGCAAGAGGUCAGCCUGGCGCCUCCUCUUCAUUGGCUGGAGGCGCCGUGGCAUCGUAUAAAACUGCUUCCCCACUAGUUGCAGCAGCAUCCUCGUCAAAUACAGGCGCAGGUGGUAGCGGCGCUAGUGGAGUAGUAUCCUCAACUACUACUCCUGCUGUGUCAUCCAGGACGAGAGGCCCAGCAGCUGGAGCAACUAGAACGAGUGUCACGGUGUCAGCUGGCGCCACGUCAAGCGGACAGACGAAAGUGGCAGGAUCCUCUGGGAAUCCAGCUAACGCAAGUCAUCAGCACAACACGAGUUCUCAUCAUGGAGGACAACAACUCCAACAUGGCACCACCUCCAGUACUACCAACACAAGAGCAGCAAGCAGUGGCGCGACUCGCCAACCCGGUUCUGCGUAUGUGAUCAGUCCUGCUACAGGAGGGUCCUCCCACCAGAUGAGGCAACAUCUACCGGCUUCUGGGGCCUUAUCUUAAGGCUCACGACUUCUUUGUCAUCUCGGACGUUUUUUCCGCUAUAGGUGGUCACUCUACUCUCUAGAUACAGUUGUAGUUCCCUUCUUGGGAUCCUGAGGAAAGAGAAACAAGCUACGAUCCUGAAGAAAUAAAUUGCUGUGAGGCUUAAAAGUACGACCACUAGGGUGGAUGCCAAUCAAUCAAUCAAUCAAUUGCUGUGAGCUCUAAUUAUCUGCACGUCUCUCUCUGACGCCAGGAACGUUGUCGCCUUUGGUGCCCAUGCUAGGCUUUGUCAAUUACAACAGAACGGGGAGUGACCAAGGUUCUGCCCAACUACAUGCUGGAACUUCCUCUAGUAUUAAGACUUCUUAUCCAGGAGUUCCCGUAGUUUCCUCUCGCGGUACAGGCUCAGGCCAACAUUCCCAACAUUCUCAACAACAACAUCCAACAACGAGUUGUAAUGUACCAUCCAGUAGUACUAGCGGUUCGAACUCUGUUUCUCAUGUGUCUGGAACAACAUCCUCUUCCUCCUCUGUAACACGAAUAGUCGGAGGCCAUGGCCAACACCAAGCUACCAUGAAUGCAACUACAACAUCUACUCGAGCAAAUAGUGAGGCGCCAACAAGAAAAAAUAGUUUUGGCUUACCUCAAGUACGGACUCCCCACCUACUGUUUCCAACGAAAGGGGCGGCUGUCGGCAACGGAAUACCACCACCGUCGCCAGCCUAUGCAGCAGAAGCCAAUAGGCCACAGUACUUAGACGUUUUCAGCUGCGAUCCUAGCAUUUAUUAAUUUUUGGACAGAGUAGUUGUACUCAGUACUCGUAAUACUAGGUAAUUGGGCUCCUCUACUGCGAUUCUGAAAGUUGAUCUUUACGUCUUCCCCUUCCAGUUCCAAGUAGCCUGAUUAUAGAUACAGAUAUAAUUUACAUGCUCAACGUAAGGAAGAAAGGCUCUCUUCUCGAUUUAGAAGGUACUUAGAUAUGGCGAAGAAGGUGUGAAGUAGUUGUAUCCACGAAUUCACCACGAAUUCAACAUGUUCUUCAUCUUCCUCCUUGUACCAGGAUCAUCAUAUAUUACAGAAAAUGGCGAAGAAUACUGUACUUAGAUAGACGUUUUCAGCUGAGAUCCUAGCAUUAGAUAGACGUUUUCAGCUGAGCAUCCUAAUCUCUGUCUACUUCCAAACGCAAACACCAGGUACUUCAUCCAAGAAAUCGAUGCUUCGGAAGCACGGGAAUUUUGUAGUCAGUAUAAACAUCUGUCAGAAAUGACGACGGAGGAUGCGGAGAUGAUCAUCCUCAGUCGAGACCCGGUGAUGAAGCAUUCGGAUUCACAGGUAUGCUGUUAAACUCUGUCUGAGAUUACUGCUGCCUACUUCGUAGAGGAUGCUCAUAGUGAUUGUUUAGAAAUUCACAUCAUCUUCGCUUGAUGAUGAAGUGAAAAACCUGACUCAGGUUUCCGUCUCCUCAACCGGCAGUGACAUCAGAACUCGUUUGCAAAGGAGUUUGAAGAUGGAUGUUGACAAGGGCCCGCCAGGACGAUUCACGGAAACGAACCAUAGUACGAGAACUCAUAGCACAAGAGGAAAUACAAAUAGUAGUGGAGUAGGAAAGCGUAGUUGGAAUUUCGUGGUUUGAUGAAUCUGAAGAACUUCAAGAUUUAUUACAUUUGAUAACAAUGGAUACGUGACAGAAAGUCUUCGAAUAGUCUUAGCAACAAAGAAAUAGCGUAUUCGGUCCCUUUUAUGGAUCAUCUUUCACAGUCAAAUGCCCUUAGGUAAAGAUACACCGCAUAAGAUUAAACUCAAUAACUAAACAUGUUUGUUUCUUUGAGAAUGUUGAUAGAGAUAGACAUAACAAGGUCUAGUAAGUAUCACCAUGACUACAACACGACACAAUUACAUCCGAUAACAUAAGGGUCGAUUUUUUACUAACUUUUUUCGCAGAUGCUAAGAACAUCUGCCGAUUCGUCUACCGACAAAAUAUUAAGCAAUGGUACUGUUGCUCAACAUAUCAUAAGGAUGAAUAUAAAUCUUCUGUGGUGGUGGUGCAACACCCGGACUCUGCGAUGAAUGCAAAACAAUCACUGUAGCACGUGAUGAACCAUGAACACAACUGAAGCACGCAAAUUUUCCUUUGAUAACCUUCAUGUUCCUCGCGAUCACAAGAAAUUGAGUUGUUGUUGUUUCAGUCUUGUGAUCAGUUCUUUCAGUUCUAACAACUGCACAACUAAGUACAUACCCAUCUUCAAUCUCCAUUCUAUCGACAAAGUGAGUCUUCUUGCUCGGGAUCUUUGACUGCUU